UCUGCGCAAGUUUUGGUCGAUAGGCUACAAUUUGUCUGUGCAGGUGUAAUGGGCGUGUGGUCUGGGCUUUAAACAGUUUCAUGUACAUACAUGGCACGCGGCUACUACCUAUGCAACGCUGGUUUGAUCGAUAACGUUCGCGAAACACUUCUGUCAAAAGCGAUAUGCUUACGAGAAGAGAGAAAUUGUUAAUACGUCCAUGGCAGCAGAGAAGAUAUAACAAUCAUCGACGCAAAGUCCAGUCCGCGCUCCCUGCCAUAGAUUCAAGUCCUCCACCAACACGACAGCACGUGUGUUGCAAACUGAAGAAACUACAGUGGGAAGAAGAGCGCUGCGCGCGUAUCGAGGAGGAUAAUUUUAGGCUGCUACAGCGAAUGGGGCAUAUAAUGAGGACUAAUCGACUGGAUAAUCAUUGGACGAAAACACCGCCUAAUUUUCUUCAUCGUGUUGGUAUAUAUUACCAACCAACAAAGAAGGAAACUUUUGGGGAGUCGAUUCCGUCUUCUGCUCCAAAUGGAAGUCGCAAGAAUGUUCGCUGCCAAGCAUGUAGCACGGAAAAAAAUUAUGAAAGAAAGAUAACUCCAGAAACGCCAUUAGCAUGGGAAGUUCGGAACACAGAUUUUGCGAAGCCUCUAAAACCAGAGCGUGCCAGAUCUGAGACAAGAAAGAAACACAGAAGAAACCAAGAAAGAAAAAUUAAUAUUCUUGAAGAAAACUCCUCACAGCUAAUGGUGACAAGAGGACCAUUACAUCUCUCUGUAAAUUUUCCACCAAAUACCACAGUAAGAUUUCAUAACAGUCAACAAAACAAAAUUUUACAGAAAGAAUUCUGUGAAUGUAAAUCAAUAAAGAAAUCAACAUAGUCGUUUUUUCGUUCAGCAGUAUACAAGAUAAACUUCUCUACACACGAGAGCUGUAACCUUUCAGUAACUGUACUCUUCAAACACGAAUCUUGUUUCAGCCUGUUCAGUACUAACUUCAGUUCCAACCUAAAGUGUGUACGAUAUAACUAAUUUUGUGAAGUUUCUUAAUGUUCUUUUUUAAUUUCAUUAUAUGUAAUUACCAUGUGUGUUGAGAGAAUAAAAUUAAGAGGU